AUGAAAACACCAGAAAAACAACAAGCGGUAUUAUCAAGUUUCGAUUCAUCAGACGAAGAAAGUGGAGAGUUUGAUUUAUCUCCACUUAAGAUAUCAUGGCUGGAUUUGUCUUUCUUAAACUGCAGUGCAAAAUUUGGUGUAUGUGCUCUUCCCGGUUGCAGAUUUAAAGACACCUGGAGAAGUUUGGAGAAUGACAUAAAGGGCAUAACACGAGAGGAGGUGACUGACAUAUUCUGUCUGUGCAGUAAGGGUGAGCUCAACAAAUACCGUGUGCCAUGGCUCCUACACGAGAUGUCUGCAGCUGAAGUUACUGUUCACCAUCACCCAUUCCCUGAUGGACAGGUCCCCAGCUUUCCCCUUCUCAUGAAGAUUGUUGAUGAAAUUCAUUCCAACCUCAUGAACAACAAGACAUCACUUAUACAUUGCUACGGAGGACUUGGACGAUCAUGUCUUGUGGCAGCCUGUCUAUUGAUGGUGAUGGACCCAGGUAUGGAGCCUGAUGUGGCCAUACAGAAGGUACGCGACCUGCGGGGACAUGCUGCUGUCCAGUCUGUCAAGCAAUACAACUUUAUACAUGAGUUCCGGAAAUCUUUAGAAGAAUACAAUAAAGAAUCAGAGGAAAGAAGACGGUCCUUAUCAAGAUAAACAAAUUGUACAACAUUGUUUCUGUUCCUGUAAAUACAAUAGGGUGCAUCAUUAAUAACUGUUGUACUAGUGGCCUGGGCUUUUGGUUCCAAGAAGGUCACUACGUUUAAAACCUUGUACCAGUGACUUGGUUUUAUGUUCCAUUAAAAAAAAUUCAGUGAUAAAUGCUGUGCCAGUAGCUUGGUCUUCUGGUUCCAUUAAAGGCACUACAUUUAAAAUCUGGUACCGGUGUAGUAUGAUAAAAUUAAACCCAUGGUAAAGUGAACUGCGGUGCAUUUCACAAUUAUUGUGAAAUUAAUCAAAACCCAGCCCC